CUCUCAGGGCAGAGGAGCUCUCCUUGCCAGGGCAGCUCCCACCCCUCACCAUGCCAGGGCAGCUCCUGGCAGUGCUGCUUCUGCUGCUGCAGCCCAUGGGGACUCAGGAGGCUCAAUGUCCCAUCCCUACCAUCGCCCACGGGCACCUGAGCUCUGCAGAGAACUUCACCUUCGGCAGCACAGCCACGCUGCAGUGUGACCCCGGCUUCGUGGGCACUGCCAGCACUGCACACUGCACACCCACGGGCAGGUGGUACCCACGGGUGCUCUCCUGCAUCCCAGGGCAGUGUCGCCACCCUCCCUCUGUGGAGUUCGCCGAUCCCCAGCCCCGGCGGGAGUUCCCUGUUGGCACCACGCUGUCCUACUCGUGCAGAAGCGGCUUCUCCCCCAUCCCCGGGGUGUCCCCAACCAUCACCUGUCUCCAGAACUUCUCGUGGUCCGCGGUGCCCCGGCUGUGCCAGAAGGUGCAGUGUCCCCGCCCGGCCAUCCCCCACGGGACAGAGACCAGCCCCAGCAGAGCUGAGUACACCUUUGGGCAGCAGGUGGAGUUCCAGUGUGACCAUGGCUUCAAGCUCCGGGGCAAUGACAGGGUGCAGUGCUCCUCUGAUGGGAUUUGGAGACCCCCUGUGCCCCACUGUGACAGAGUCUGUGGUCCCCCUCCCAAAAUCACCAACGGGCAGCACUCGGGCAUGGGGUUCACCCGGUUCACCUACGGCUCUGAAGUGAAGUACAGCUGUGCAGAGGGGCUGUCCCUCAUCGGGCACAAAUCCCUCUACUGCACCUCCGAGGAUGGGGAGAACCUGACCUGGAGUGGGCCUGCCCCCGAGUGCAGGGCGGUUCGGUGCCCCAAGCCCGUGGUGGAGAAGGGAAGGAUGAUCCCACAGAUGUUCACCUUUCCCUAUGGGCUGCUCCUGCACUUCUCCUGUGAGGAAGGCUUUGGUCUGCGUGGUGCUGCCCAGACUCAGUGCCAGGCUGAUGGCACCUGGGACCCCCCUGUGCCCACCUGCCAGCCAGUCCUGUGUCCAGGACCACGAGUGCCCUUUGCAAAGGUGAAAAGCCCUUUGGGUGAGCAAAGGUGGUACCAGACCAACGAGACUGUCACCUUGGAGUGCCUUCCUGGCUACCAGUUCCCAGACAAUGGAAUGAUGGAAAAUGCCUGCACAGCCACGUGCUUGCCUGAUGGCAGCUGGACACCACUGCCCAAGUGUAUGAAAGAAGGUGAUGCUGAUGUGUGUCAAGAGGUUCAUUACAUUAAAUCGGCCUUUGAAUGUGGUGUGCCUGUGGAAAAAGUGAAAAGUCUGCUGGAAAUCCAGAAACUGUUCCUGGAGAUUAAAAAAUUACAGAUGGAACUAGAGAACUGAAAUGAAACUGGGCCCUUGUAAUGCUCACCUUUCCUUUGGUGAACUCAUGGUUUGUGCAGUCCCAGCAUCUCUAAAAAGGUUCUGGGUGAUUUUGUGGUUUAUGUUUGCAUGCCUGGAGCCAGAAAAAUAAUCAGCAGUGCACAGGAGGCUGCUUUUGCUGUGCUGGAUGCCAGAGCAGGGAGUGGGUUUUGCUCUAACCUACAAGCUUGAUUUGCUCUAUAACUAAUAAGUUGUUUCAUGUUUCAUAUUAGGAAGAAUAGAAAGAAAUUAAAUUUAGCUUUUUAAAAUCA